AUGGAUAUUCGCGUGUUGAGGCCGGACGACAUCCCGCACGUGCAGUUGGCGAACAUCACGAACCUGCCCGAAAACUACUUCUGCAAAUACUACUUGUACCAUGCUAUGAGCUGGCCGCAACUGAGCUAUGUGGCUGUAGAUGUUUCUCGUGCUCCAAAAACACCUUACGACCCACCAAAGAUCGUCGGCUACGUGCUGGCCAAGAUGGAGGAGGACCCCGCCGAUGGUAUUCCCCACGGUCACAUCACAUCCCUCUCCGUGAUGCGUACGCACAGGCGCCUCGGACUCGCCGAAAAGCUGAUGCGUCAAUCCCAGCGCGCCAUGGCAGAGACGUUUGCUGCGCACUACGUCUCCCUGCACGUACGUGUCUCCAACCAGGCGGCGCUCCACCUGUACCGGGACACGCUGGGCUUCAAGGUCGACAAGAUUGAGGAAAAGUACUAUGCGGAUGGUGAGAACGCUUACAGCAUGCGGAUGGACUUGGGCGAUCUUAAGGCGCAGCUAAGGUUGAAGGAGGAUGGCGAGGAGAGCGCUGGAAAAGAUGAAGGUGAGGCGGUGGGCGAUGAGAAGGGCGAGCCCGAGAAGGAGAAGAAGAGACUGGUCAAGGUGGGGAGGCAAUUAGGUGUGGGAGAUUUGGUGGAGAGAAACGAGGCUGCGGCUGCUUGA